AUGACAUCCUUCAACAACCGAAACAUUCUAGCCAAGUUCCCCUUGCCCUCCCAUCGCCGCAACAGGGAGCCAUACUGGCCCAUCGAUCCAACACCCAAGCAUCCGGAUACCGGAAACCUCCUCAAGCUCAAAGAUAAACGACUCAUGGACAAAGCAUACUCUUAUGUCAACAGCCAAACUUCAUAUCCCGUUUGCUACGAAAUCCUUGAGCCGUAUAAGUCCGAAGACCCGGAGGACGUCUGGGCUAUCGAGGAGGAGUCCUACGAAAAACUCACAAAAGGGCGCGACUAUGACAGGCUUCAUAGUAGCUCGUGGAGAAAGUCCGGAGAAAAACCGACUUUACCGCUGCCGGAACCAGUGAAGGAGAGGGAGCAGGAAGGGAAGCAAGCCUCUAAGGCUACGAGUAACGACGAGACACCUGAUCUGGCGGAGGAGAUUCAGGAAAAGAACCUGAGGGAGUUUUUCGAGGAUAUCAAGGAUUUCCUACCUUGGUCCGAUUAUAGAAAGAUUUUUGGCAUGGUAGAUGAUCCCGAUCCGUAA